GCAGCAGCGACAGCAGCAGCAGCAGCCGCAGCCCAGCACCCACCAAGCACCAUGUUCGCAGUCAGGAUGGUAGUGGUUCUGGCGGCGUGCGCCGUGGCCCGCGCCGGCGUGGUCCCCGCCGCCCCCGUGGUGGCUGCCGCCCCCGCGGCGGCGCUGGCCUACUCGCGCGCCGUGCCCUACAACGUGCCGCCGUACGCAGCCGCAGUCAACGUGCAGACGCGCGCCCUGGCCGCGCCUCUCGUCGCCGCUGCCGCCCCCCUGGCCGCUGCCCCCGUCGCCGCCCCCCUGGCCGCCGCCCCCGUCGCCGCCCCCCUGGCUGCCGCCCCGGUGGCUGCACCCCUGGCCGCGGCACCCUUCGCCUACGCCGCCCCCGCCGCGCUGUCGGUGCACCCGCCGGCGUUCGCGCGCUACGCCGCCCCCUUCCUGAUCUAGACCAUUCCUGACUGAGGACGCUGCUUGUUUUCUUUUGUACAUCGCUACUGUUACUCAAUAAAAACCACUGCAACUAA